AUGGCGGACUUUGACGACAUCGACGACUUCAGCGACCACGCGGUGCAGGGGAAGCCCAUUAAGGCCUUCAAGAACGGCCACUUCGACAAUCCUAAAGUGCUGUUCGUGCAGCAUCAUUGGACUUGGGAUGAGUUCCUGUGUGCAGCUUCUCAGCGCCUGGAGAUGGUCCCUAUGGCCUCGAGAGUGUUUAACGCGGACGGGGCCGAGAUCGACGACAUUAUGUGCAUCGAGGAGAACGACAUGUUGUUCUUUUCCACUGGGAGGUCCUUCAAGGCUCCAAAUUCAAGAGGAGAAGACGCACAGAACAGCAGCGACGAGAAGGUCGCCAACGUCGUAGGAGGGUACAAGGUUACUACACUGCUGGGCAGAGGAGGCUUCGGAGAAGUGCGACUGGGGGUACAUCAGCUCACGAACGAUAAAGUGGCGCUCAAGUUUAUUCUGAAAAGCGAGAUGGGGUCAUUGGGAGACGUCGAGCGCACAACGACGGAGAUCCAAUGUCUGACAGCGCUGAAUCACCCGAGUAUCAUCAAGUUGCUGCGUGUGAUCAACGAACCAAAUCAUAUCGUGCUUGUGUUUGAACUCUUGGAAGGUGGCGAUUUGUUCCACUACAUCAAGCAAUUUCCAGGCGGCUUGUCGGAAGAGGAUGGCGUUGGGCUAUUCUCUCAAAUUCUUGGUGGCGUCGGAUACGCCCACAAUCAGCACAUUUGCCACCGCGAUCUCAAGCUGGAAAACAUUUUGCUCACAAAUAAAAACGAUAUUUCCACGGCCAAGAUCGCAGAUUUCGGCCUAAGCGAUUUUUACAAACCGGGGGCUAUGAUGAAAACGAGCUGCGGGUCCAUUUCAUACUUGGCACCCGAAGUUUUCCGUGGGACAUCCAAUGCCGGCCCACCGCUCGAUGUUUGGAGUCUCGGUGUAAUAUUGUUUGCGAUUGUGUGUGGUCGACUGCCAUUCGAAGGCCCUGAUCUCCAAGGAACCAAUCGUCCUCGUGAAAAUAUCAUCCGAAAUCGCAUCAUGCGGUGCCAGUUCAAGUUGGAUACAGAUUUGAGUCCUGCACUCACAGAUCUCGUAAUCCGAAUGCUCAAGCCUGAUCCAAACGAGCGAGCAACCAUUCCGGAGAUUUUCAGCCACCCGUGGGUGCGUGGUAUUACUGGAGCUUCUGGCUGUCUACCAACUGCCUUUGCCAGCGCAUCCUUACAAGACAAUGUAGACGACGAUGACGACGAUGACGGGAGCUUCGCCAUCACUUACACACCUGCAUCUCCUACCUCCAUUCCAGCAAAGACAAAUGGCGAAGACAAGUUACCAUCAAUAGUUCAGCGACAUUCUCGUACAGAUAUAACAAUAGGCGGAUUGAUACCAAGUGUAACACCAACAGCUACUCAUCAGUUGGUAACAGCAACCGCCACCUCCAGCGGGAAUACGGCAAUGCCCUCAAGUGGGAGCCCUCUAACGUCUAGUGGAACACCAACUGGAGGACGGAUGCGCGCUGGACGGAUCAUGGACCACCCGCUUCAACAUAAAGGGACAAUGAAAGCUGAGAAGCACUCGCCACGGCCAACAGGAUCCGGAAGUACUGGAACGAUGAACACACCCAUGCCCGUAGCAUUGAGUCCGAAUCAUCCUGUCACUUUUAAACGAUAUGCUUCGUCUACAGGCAAUACUCGCUCAAGACCUCGCCAGCCUGUUUCAUCUCCAACCAGCAGCUCAAGUGGAGUCAUGGUAACUAGCAACGGGAGUGAUAAAGCCCACGCAGAGCGCGCUCCAGCACAUCCCGGAGACUCUGAACGAUUGCCCGUAGCACACCCCAAGCACUCAAGACGACGAUCCGAUAACUAUGAUGAUGCAGCAGAUUUUCCCAUGGCUCAUCAUGGAACGAAAGCAGGUCACGGGGCUCUGAGUUCACACCCACUAGAGACGAUAGGCAGGAAGAACCACAGUCACCCAGAACCGUCAGCAGCUAGCGACUAAGUAGUUACCCAGGAAUCGAGACAGUAAGCAAUCAAGACAUCCAACGUAUAAGUUAAAGCUCAAC